AUGGUUGAGGAAGAUGACGAUCCUACACGGUUUCGUGAGGAACCUGCGCAGCCUACGCAGAAGAAGAAGCGCGGAGAGAUGCUACGCGGGUUUGUGAGGAAGUUCUUCCAGGACAGUGGUUUCGGAUGGAUCACACCAUCGGAUUACAGCGGUGACGUGUUCGUGCACCGGAAGGUUCUAAACACUCGCGGAACUUGCACAGCCUACCUGGAGGAGGGCGACGAAGUCACUUUCGAGAAGGAAUUUGACGAGACCAAGGGGAAGUGGGAGGCGGCCUGGUGCGACGGGCCUUGGCGGGUCGACGGCGGCGAGCCCUUCGUGCACCCGUCGGAGGUCGCGGACGGCAAGGCGCGCUUGGGGACGCUGAUGAAGUGGGACUCUGAGAGGGGCUUCGGCUUCAUCCGCCCGGAGGUCGAGGACAACGGCGCGGGGCGGGCCGAGGACGUCUUCUGCCACGCCUCUGCCCUGCUGGACGGCAAGGACAGCGUGCGGGAGGGCGACCAGGUGCGCUUCCAGGUCACCCAGGACGCCUCGCGGGGCAGGCUGGCGGCGGAGGUGGAGCUGGCCAGCACGUUCGCCGCCCGAGGCGGCCGCAGCCGCUCCCGGCGCGCCCGCCGCGGCGAGGGCCCCGAGGUGAGAUCAGGAGACUGGGAGUGCCCCAAAUGCGGCACGAAUGUGUUCGCCACCAAGGCGGAGUGUUUCAAGUGCGGAGAGCGCAAGCCCAACAUGAAGCGAGGGGAAUGGGCGUGCCCGAAGUGCGGCGCCAGCGUGUUUGCCUCCAGGGCCCAGUGCUUCAAGUGCAAAACGCUCAAGCCCGAUAUGAAGCCGGGGGACUGGGCGUGCCCGGCGUGCGGCGCCUGCGUAUACUCCAACAGGCUCGACUGCUUCAAGUGCGGAGUGCGGAAGCCCGACAAGCCCGACGAUGCAGGCAGCGUCGGCCCGCGUG